AACUUGCAAACCCAAGCAAACCGUCGUUCACGGCAAAGGAGAAAUUUUUAUUCUUGCAGAAAGAACUUUUACACAUCUCCCAUUCGAAUUCCCAAACAAAAAGAGAAAAAGAAUUUUCCCUUCGUAGCCAAAAAAAAUCUUCAUUACGAAUCAAAAUUCGGGUUAGAACGACGACGACGACGACAAAAAAAGAUCCCCAUUUCCCGCAGAGAACCCCAGUUUAGCACAGAUUUUUCUGCUCUUCUUCCCAAAAUCCAGGGUUGGGGUUAGCGUUAGGGUUUAAUCGCCAUCGAGUUAUUUGGACCUCGAGAUUUAGGGUUGGGGCAAGAGUUCCUCAAGAAAAGGUGCGAUUUUUGCGGGUAGGGAGGAUCUCCGGCGAUGCCACACCUUGUUCGGGACCGGCUCUUCUUCGGCAACAUCGGCGACGCGGCGGCGGUGCUCCAGAGCACGAGCACGGAGUUCAGUCACGUCCUCUCGCUCCUCAGCUCGGCGUCCAUUUCCUUCUUCUUGGACUGGCGGCCGGGCCUGUCGAUUUCGACCAAGGAGAUCCGGAAGGUGUUUGUUGGGGCGGAUGAGUUGUUGCCGAAGAAGUCUUUGGCGCCGGAGAAGCUACUGUAUUCUCUGGAGUAUGCCGGGCCGGAGCUGAAGCUGGUGAGGAUGGCGGUGCCGCUGAGGGACACUGAAGACGAGGAUUUGCUGGAUUAUUUGGAUGUUUGUUUGGAUUUUCUCGAUGAAAGUAGGAAGGAGGGAUCGGUUUUGGUGCAUUGCUUUGCUGGUGUGUCGAGAAGUGCUGCCGUCAUUAUCGCAUAUCUAAUGAGAACAGAACAAAGAUCCUUAGAAGAUGCACUUGAAUCCUUGCAAGAAAGUUGCGAGUUUAUUUGCCCAAAUGAUGGUUUUCUGGAUCAGUUAAAAUUGUUUGAAGAAAUGGGUUUUAAAGUAGAUACCACAAGCCCCAUCUAUAAACGCUUCCGUUUAAAAGUCUUGGGUCAUUCUUAUAAACAAGGAGAGAAAAUAGAUGGUUCCAUAUUCGGAGCUGACCCUGGUUUGCCUGUGGAGUCCAACUCUUCUGAGAAAGCCCCCAAGGGAGAUCAACGCAGAACGGCCUACCGCUGCAAAAAGUGCCGCAGGGUCAUUGCGUUGCAAGACAAUGUUGUUAGCCAUGUACCAGGCGAAGGCGAGACCUGCUUUGAGUGGCAAAAAAGAAAAAGUGGCAACCCCUUCAACAGGUUUCAGGAGACGGAGUGCUCCUCUUUAUUUGUCGAGCCUUUGAAGUGGAUGACCUCGGUUGAAGAGGGUGCGUUGGAAGGAAAGCUCUCAUGCAUCCAUUGUGAUGCACGCCUAGGGUACUUCAAUUGGUCAGGCAUUCAGUGCAGCUGUGGCAGCUGGAUCACGCCUGCAUUCCAGAUUCAUAAGAGUAAAGUAGAUAUCAGCACAGCUUGAUGUUUAGAGAGGAUACUGAAGUAAACAGCAAGACUCCUCUGUGCUGAUCAUAGGCAAAACAGCCUCAGACCCUUAAUGCCUCUAUAAGUAUAUAGUAUAGAACUUGAAAUCUGGAGCAUUGAUUCGGUUCAUGAUCUUCAUUCAUUCAGCUUGCUCGCUUGGAACCGUGCUUGUUUGUACCAGAUUUUUAUGUCAUGAAGUAAAAAAUGUUAUCAUUUGCUCUUCUUGCAACCAAACUGCAAGAUCUUUUAAUUUCUUGCAGUUGGGUAUUUAUGUUGAGGUGGUGGUGCAUGUAUCGCACUGUUGGAGUUGAAUUUAUGUAUAAAUAAAUUGAGAAAUUUAGAGCAUGGAAUAUUUAAUAAGGUAGCUCUUGUCCAAAACAUUUUGCCGUCAGUUCAAGGAUGUAUGAUUUCCUGGAUUUUCAGA